CUGAAACUUACCUACCAUUUGCAUACACCUUUAUCGUCUUGUUAACAUAAUUACUGAAAAUACCUCUUGCUAAUUGAUUUUCUCUUGUAUAUCACACUUACACCAGCUCUCAAGAUGAUAUUAGCGUUUUUUGUGUUGACAAUCCUCGCUGUCGGAUGCGUGGACCAGAAAGGCGUGUGUAAAUGCAACCCCCUCGAAUGCACCGCGCCGAUUUGCGGCAGCGAUUUAAACACAUACAAAUGCAUGUGUGAGCUGGACUGCCACAAUUAUUUUGUCGAUCCGGCCGCGCACGUGCGCAAGGUGCACGACGGGCCGUGUACCCCUAAUUGUGGAUGUGCACCCGAUCCUAAAGGCCCCCUCUGUGCGAGCGAUAUGAAGACGUAUGAGAGCGAAUGUGUCCUCACUUGCAACAAUCCACAUUUGGUAGCAUUGUAUCCGGGGCCGUGCGUCGAUUAAAUAAUAAUCCAAAAUAAAAAGAAAA